CCCCAGUCCCUCUCUCUCUCUCUCUCUCUCUCUCUCUCUCUCUCUCUCUGUCUUACCAACCGACUAAGCUUCCCCAAAUCUCGACCAAACCGAUGGCCUUCGUUUUCGGAUUAGUGCUCGGAAUACUUGUCGGGCUCGCAAUCAUCGUCCUCUUUGUUCGGUUCGAGAACCACCGGUCCAAGCUCCGGUCCGAGCUCGCCACCACUGUGGCUGCUUUUGCUCGAAUGACCGUCGAGGAUUCCAGAAAGCUCUUGCCUCCUCAGUAUUACCCUUCCUGGGUCGUCUUCUCUCACCGCCAGAAGUUGGGAUGGCUCAAUUCUCACCUCGAAAAGAUGUGGCCUUAUAUCAAUGAGGCAGCGUCUGAGCUGAUAAAGACUUCAGCGGAGCCAAUUCUGGAGCAGUAUAGACCAGUCAUAUUGUCCUCGCUCAAAUUUUCCAAGUUUACUCUUGGUACGGUGGCACCUCAGUUUACAGGGGUUUCUAUAAUUGAAGAUGGAGGCGACAGUAUCACUAUGGAGUUGGAAAUGCAGUGGGAUGGAAAUCCAAGUAUAAUACUUGCUAUCAAAACUUUAGUUGGUGUAGCACUACCGGUGCAGGUGAAAGAUAUUGGAUUCACGGGGGUAUUCAGGCUGAUUUUUAAGCCUCUGGUUGACGAGUUUCCGUGUUUUGGAGCUGUUUGCUAUUCAUUGAGAGAAAAGAAAAAGUUAGAUUUUAAGCUUAAGGUUGUGGGUGGCGACAUAUCUACAUUACCUGGGAUAUCCGAUGCAAUUGAGGGGACCAUACGGGAUGCUGUUGAGGAUUCAAUUACAUGGCCUGUUCGGAAGAUUUUUCCCAUUUUGCCCGGGGAUUACAGUGAUCUGGAGUUAAAGCCAGUCGGAGUGCUAGAGGUGAAACUUGUGCAGGCAAAGGAGUUAACGAAUAAAGACAUGGUGGGAAAAUCAGAUCCCUUUGCAAGACUAUAUAUACGACCUUUACCAGACAGAAUGAAAAGAAGCAAAACAAUUAACAACGAUUUGAAUCCCAUCUGGAAUGAGCACUUUGAAUUUAUAGUUGAAGAUGAAACGACUCAACAUUUGGUGGUUAAAGUUUAUGAUGAUGAGGGACUUCAGGCGUCUGAGCUCAUUGGAUGUGCUCAAGUACAACUGACUGAACUUCAGCCUGGUAAAGUGAAGGAUGUAUGGUUGAAGCUGGUUAAAAGCUUGGAUAUCCAAAGAGAUAAUAAAAACCGCGGGCAGGUGCAUUUGGAGCUGUUAUAUUGUCCAUUUGGCAUGGAGAAUGGCUUUGCUAAUCCUUUUACUUCCAACUCCGCAAUGACCUCUUUGGAAAAGGCACUUAAAAGUGGAAUGAACGGAGCAGAUGCUACUGAAAGUGAAAAGGAAGCCACACAGAAAAGAAGGGAGGUCAUAAUUAGAGGUGUACUAACUAUUACUAUAAUAUCUGCUGAAGACUUGCCACCUGUUGAUCUGAUGGGGAAGGCUGAUCCUUAUGUGGUGCUCACCUUGAAGAAAUCAGGAACGAAAAACAAAACUAGGGUUGUUAAUGAGAACUUGAAUCCUGUUUGGAAUCAAACUUUCGACUUUGUUGUCGAGGAUGGAUUGCAUGACAUGCUCAUACUUGAAGUCUGGGACCAUGACACUUUUGGCAAGGACUAUAUGGGCAGAUGCAUCUUGACCCUCACUAGGGUCAUCUUAGAAGGGGAAUACCAAGACUCGAUACCGCUAGAUGGAGCCAAAUCUGGGAAAUUGAACGUGCAUCUUAAGUGGAAUGCACAACCAAUUUACCGCGAGUCUUGAUUGAUCUCUGUCAACUGUUGUAUGGAUAACAGUAUAUGGACGAUGUACUACCCGCCCGGAGAUGUAUACAAAGAGCACCAAAGACACCUUCAUUUCACACAUGCUUGUUGAUUCACAAACACUGGAAAGUACUCAGAUGGUGUACAUAGUUGUUUCAUAGUACCUGUCAUAAAUGUAGUGAAGCUGUAGCAUGUAUACCAAUCAAAUUCACGGCCUCGGCCGGGAAUUACUCGAUUACUGUUUGCUUGGAUUGUCGGAUUAUCGAUCUCUGUGUUUUGAAGCGGGAUUCUGCUUCUUCA